CACCGCCUCUCCUCGGGGCCCGCCGCAGCCCGGGGGCUGGCGGGGCGAGAGGGAAUAACCGUCUGCCGAGCGCUCCAUCGCCACUGCCCCUCGCCUCCGCAGAGCACCGGCCGGCCGUGCCCGGAGCCGGGGUUCGCCGGGGUCCCGGGCUGCGCCUGCCCCUGGUUCGUCCCCGCUGGUGUUUCCAAGGAGACCUGGGCUGCCGCCUGCACCGCGGAGCCGCCGCCGAGCCAGGGCCGGCGGGAAGCGCGGCCGCCGGGGCAGUUCUGCAGCCCGCAGUUCGGCGCCCAGGACGCACCGUGGCAGGCAGACCAGCUGUCUUCCCAGCUUUACAGGAACAAGCAGCUUCAAGAUACUUUGCUUCAGAAGGAAGAGGAACUUGCUAGGUUACAUGAAGAAAAUAAUAACCUCCGACAAUACCUGAAUUCUGCCCUGAUUAAGUGUUUAGAAGAAAAAGCCAAGAAACUGCUGUCCUGCCAUGGCCAAAAAACCUGUGCUAUUCUCAAAAGCACCAAGAGGAGAUUAAAAGAGGACCACUGCUUUGUUCCUCAGGAAACUCCUCAUGCUUCCAAAGCCAGAAGGAACCUCUUUAAUGAAUUCACUGCCUGUGAAGAGCAAGCCAGCCCUGCUGUGGACAGCUGGGUCUUGCAGACUUUAGGAUUAAAAGAUGUGAACACCAUUGAUGAAACUUCAGCUAACUACAGUGCCCUCUCCUCAGACCUUGGAAAAGACACAUACUGCCUAAGCCCUGGUGAAGCAGUAGACUGUGACCACAGUGAAGGAGCAUCAGCAGCAUAUAGCUGCAGCCACGUGCCUUCAGCUAACAACAGUACCCACCCAUGCAGUGAGGAUGGAGAUUCCUUCCUUCCUCAGUUUUCUUCAGCGCCAUGUGUCUCAUCAGUGCCAAGUGUUUCCUGCCUCCCAGUCUAUGGGUUGCCUUAUUUGACUGGCAAUUUGUCACCCAACAAAACAGAAAUGGCCUUCACAACAUCACUAAGUCCUCACCGCAAUGUGAGAACACACACCUUCCACCAAGGACAAGCCUUUGUGCGCAGGGAUGAUGAUGGAGGAUGGAGAUUCACCUGGGUGCCCAAACAAGCUGAAUAAUGCACCUGCAUUGAGGGUCAGCCACAGGGGAUGCAGGAGACAGACACUUCAUCUUGUGCUUGAGACAGAUUCAGGCAGCAAAAAUGAGCCCUUCUGGGCUCUGAUAAAUGCUCCUCUGUCAUGUACCCACUCCUCAUUCCCUUCCAGAUACUCACAGGUGUGGCUCCAUAUGGCACUUGGACAAUUAUCUGCCCCAGGCCAGAUGUACAAAUUGGAUCCACUUCUCUUGUGCCUGUGUUGAGAUACCUGGUUUUACUUGCUUCAUGGUUUUUCUAUCAUCAGAUUCUCCUUGUUAACUGGUGGUUAACAAGGCUGGAGUGCUUUCAGCUUUGAUGUUUGAAAGCAUUUUGGGAAUACAGUUUGUAAAUAGCACUUUUCUCAGAUAUCCACAGAUGACAAAGGAGGCAUAGGUUGGAGGCUGAGAAUCAGCAGUUUCUAAGUGAUUUGUGUCUCUCCUGGCUACACAUAUUGCCUUGGAUUAAGGCAAUCGUGGGUAUUUGUUAAUGUACUACACUAGGCUGACCUACCUGCAGUCACGUGGUGCUGUCACAUUCUUUGAUGAUGCCUUAAAAUAAACAGGAUUUGCUUCUAUUGCCUGAAGGCUACUUAAUUACAAGUGAUUCAGCAAGUUCAGGGGAUUUUCUUAAGGUGUGAUUAAGAGAUUAAUGUUUACUGCAUUGUGUUUUAAAGGUAUUUUAACUGUCAGAUAAAAGGAGUUUAAAAGGUUUGAGCCUUGGAACAGGAACUAGAAUUGGAGAUGCUGUAAUGACACUAUCAUCACCAGCCAAGGCCUUGGCCCAAUGUAUUAGUGGCAGAAAUUGUCUCAUCUGUGGGUAAUGUACACUUAGAGCUCUUCUUUCUUCUGCGAAGGAUUCAUUCCCAUUGUCUGCAGCAUCCCACUAAUAUUUUGACGGAUUUUAUUCUGUUUACCUGCCUAAUGAUGAGGGGUUUUGGAAGCCCUCAUAAAAGAGAACCACUCCUGGCUUCAUAAGCAAUUUCUGUGGCUCCAGUGGGGCUUUUUCUGCAACAUCAAGAGCUGCACUUGUGAAACUGGAGGUUUUCUUUCUAUGGAACAACUUCUUGACCUCUUUGUCCUGAUCUCUGAGAUCUAUCUGCAAUCAACACCAGCCCAGAGUCAGGGCUGCUUCCUCCUUCUCCCAUAACCACACACUUCUAUGGCAAUGUUUCUCCUGGCUGGGGCAGCAGUAUCACUUGGUGAUUAGAGUGAGCCUUUCAGAACCCCAAACUUCAACACCAGCUCUUCCCUACCCAUGUCUCUGCCAGGCAGUAGUGGGCUGAAGUGAAGACCAUUGCUACACCUUGAGAAUGCUUUAAAAAUCUCAGAAGAGAAGGUACUCUAGCACUGCACAGGACUUGACUUUUAGUAACACUACUAAUGAUAUGAAGUUAACUGACAUGAAGUAAACUCACUAGUAAUGUUUUAUGUUACCUUUGUUUUCUGCUUUACAGUAGUUUGAUGUCUCAGUAUUGGAAAUAGAGUGAUUUGGUUAUUCUUGCUUUCAGAAUGGUCCCAGGGACUUUAAGGAAGUAAAGUAAAAAUUACUGUAAUAGAGGAUUUCCUUCCAGUGGCUUAUUUUCCUAUAGAAAACUGGAUAUUCCUUUAUUUUUAGAGGAUAAAAAUAUCUCCUGAAUAGCCUCUUGUGCCUUAGGAUUGCAAUAUUUGGGAUUCUGUAUUUAAUAUAGAAUCUAUACUUGAUAUAGAAUUUCAAUAUUUGGAAUUGUAUAUAUAAUAUUUUGAUUUCCCAGAAGACUUUUAAACAAACUCAGUAUUUCUGGGUAGUUACUUUAAAGUCAGUCAUGGGGCAGACUUCCACAAGAGGCAAUCUGAAAGCAUUGAUUGUAGGCAUUAUUGCACUGGAUAUAAAAAAACCCCCACAAAACCAAACCAACAAAACCAAUGCACAUAGAAUAAAUGCAAGUAUUUGGAGGUUUUGUUGUGAUCAAUAAAAAUGUGGGCAGCUGAUGAAGACUGGUCAGACAAGACCACUGUUUCUGUAGUACUUUUCAGCUUUUCAAUGAGAACAGAAGAAAAAUCCUGUCCUUCAAACAACUGAUUUCUUUCUCAAGGCAUUUCUUUUCUAUUAAUCUCCCUAUGCCCUGCUAUAUAAGAUAGCAUUGAAGAAAAUACUCCUGUCACUGGAGUGCUUAUUGAUGCAUGUGGUAGUGUAGAAAACGCCUGACUUUAACAUAGAUACAUGAUGGGAGACCCUGGAAUGUGUGGUGUGUGGGAUGAACAGCAUGCCAGGAGUAGGCAGUGUGGCCAGAGCAUUACACCCAACACAGCUGUAGGUGCCACAUCUUUCAAAGCAGCUGUAAAACAUAAGCAGAGGAAGAUCUGUGUUUUCUAUCACUUUUGAGUGCUAUGACUUAUGUUUUUCAAUGCUAUGGAGCAGUAAUAAGUACAUUUGUCCUAUCAGCAAAUUAUUUUUUUUUUUUUUUUUUCCCCUCUAAAGAAAGAGAAAAAGCUUUUCACCUGUUUCCUCCUGCAGAGAGCCAGAACAAAAGUGUCUCAUCUUUGGUACAAUCUCAAAGGAUUUCAGUAGGAACAAACUGAUGCUUGAACCUUCACCAGCCUUUUGCAAAGGGGUGACUGGGCCCCUUCCCUCAUAGCAAAUAAAUUAUUAAAAAAAUAGUAUUUCUUGAGUUAUUAUGAAAAACAAUAGGAACAAGCUGUUCUAUGUCUAACACCAACCCACAGCAAGCAAGUUAGCCCCAAGGUGAGGAAUGAGACUCUUCUGCUUUUUUGUUUCUCUAUAAUACUCCUGCGAAGCUCAGUGGUGCAAUUCUCAUUGAGGACAAGUCUCAGUGACCAACCUAUUCCUUUAGAUAAAUGUUGCUCUUACUGCCAAAAGCAAGCCUUUACUCAGCAUACCUCCCUCUAAACUGCCUGGUUCUUCCGAAAAUCCUGCAUCCACGCAGAUAUAAUAGAUAUGGAAACUGAAGGCAUCUUACAGUAAGUUACUGUCAAAUGGUGGGAUAUGGAGGACAAUUACUGACUGGGCUGGUGCUGGUUUGACAUGUUGAUUUGACAUGCUGUGUCCCUGUGACUUCCUUGAGCCUGAAAGCAGUAAAGCUGCUUUAAAUAAGGCACUGCUUCCAGCUUAUUUGCCUUUAUCUCCCAGUAGGGCUUAUGACCUUAGGUGCAGGCUGGGGCUGCAGCAGCAACACUGCUACUAACUUGAUACUAGUAAGCCUGAAUCUAGCUCCUCAGUGUGUAGGCACACAGUAGAUGCACCCUAGACUGAACUUUUAAAAGUCAGCCAUAGAACUGGAGCCUGAACACACCAUUUUUUUCUUCAUAAGAUAAAAUUCUGGAAAUGCUUAUUUACUUUAAAAUUACUGUCCAGUUUGCACAGUUCUUUGGCUUGCAAAGGCAUGGGAGGGGAGAUCUUUCCUGUACCAAGCCUAAAGCAGGUUUUGAGAUGGGGGUUCAGUCCUGGUUUGUGCCGGAUGCUUCCUGUUUGUCCUUUUGUAUCCCACUCUCAGUACUAAAACAGAGCUAAAGCCGCCCUGCUACUCAUGGAAAGUGCAAGGUAAAGCCCAGGGAAGCCUGUGACACAUUACUAUGCCACAGAAGUAGCUAGACAUCAAUAGGAAUGAAAGCAAAAAGUGGAAACAAAAUACAGUUCUUCACAAAGCCAUCACAAGUAGGUAGCCAGGGGAUAGUACAGAUGAAGAGUUUCAGCUUAGUACUGUACUUCUAACUUCAAAAACAAAUCAGGCAGCUGGAAUAGAAGAGCAGGAGGCAGAAGUUCUGGGGUUCCAAUAUUGCCUGUGGUAUUACACUUUGUUUCUGUACUUUGGUUUGUAUGGAACCCACCACUAGACCAGUUCAUAGCAAUUUAACCAGAAAACAUGAUUCUUGCUGCUGUGUGAGAAGUUCCUUCUUACCAAGGAUCAGUACCAGGCCCAUAUACCUCCAGGAUGUGGAAGUAUGACUUGAAUAGCCCAGGGGCCCUGGGAAGUUCUUUGAGCAGCAGUGAACUUCAUUGUCUGUAAAUAUGCACCUGGUAUUAACAUGUUCGUUUUAUUUUUUUGAGGUUUGUUUGCUUUAUUAUGUGAAUGUAACAUGUGCAGCUGUACACCUUAAAACAAUCUGUGUUUUUACAAAGACAUGCUAAUAGAAAUGGGAGUUAAUUUAACACUUACUAUGUUGAUGUUUGUGAUUUUUGUGACUAAGAAGACCAUGACCAUAUGUAAAUGUCAAUUUUACCAGUGGCAUUAAGUUCUAAUAAAACUUAACAUGUAA